GAAGUAGAAAUGAGAAGUGUGUGUUGAAAUCAUAGUGAGUUGGGGAAGUGUCGGUGUAUAAGUGAGAGAGUGCGUAGACAAGUGCGUAGACAAGUGUGUGGACGAGUAUGUAUACAUGUGAACACACAACAACUUUUAUACCCAGCAGCUGAGGAACAGUGGAGCUUCUGAAGAACAGUGUGAUUCAGACUGAGCUCAGUAAUGGCGGUCCUGCUGCUUCCUGUCCUCAUCCUCCAGGCCAUUUCAGGAUGUGCAUGUUUAUGGACUGUAGAAAAAGUGACGGCUAAACCCGGUGGCUCCAUCACAAUUCCUUGCCACUACAACUGGAGGUUCAGAGAACAGGAGAAGUACUGGUGCAGAGGGAGGAUGUGGUACAUGUGUGUGCGUGUGAGAGAGUGGGCAGGCCGAGUUAGUGUGAUGGACAACCCAGACAAGCUGGUCACCACGCUCAUGUUCUCUGAGCUGCAGGUCCGAGACGCCGGGAGGUAUUGGUGCGCCGUCAAGAACGGAGGACUGAUGAGCGACAUCAGGACAUCAAUGGAGCUGCAAGUAACUGAUGAUCCUGAUUUGUGGGUCAGCAGGGCAUUGUUGUCUGCUCCUGAGGGAGGAAUUGUGCAUGUGCAGUGUUUGUACAGCGACAGACUGAAGAAGGUGGAAAAGAAAUGGUGUAGGGGGGGAGACCUGCACUCCUGCCAAUCUCAGCACAGUGCUCAAAUAUCCCAGAAUGCACAGCUGCAGCUCAGUGAUGAGGGGCAAGGCUUGUUCAGUGUAGCACGUGCGGGGCUUCGGACAGACGAGGCUGGCUGGUACUGGUGCAGUGCCGCAGGGGUCCAAGCACCUGUACACAUCUGCAUCACAACAACACACAACUACACACUACAAAAUGACACAGUGUAUAGUGAUCCUCUGUCACCAUCACACACAUCCACUACUAUGCGAACACACACACACUCACAUACACACACACCACCCAGCACUUUACGUGGAUCAACCACAUCUUCAACCAUAUCCUUGCCAUCUAUAACACCUGAGAAUGUGUUCACCUCACCUGCAAUAGUGCUAGAAUAUCCAUCAUCCACACCUGAAUCCCCACCCAUUGCUACACCCACUACCUCACACAGAUGGAGUGUGUGUGUGAUCGUGCUCUUGGCUGCAGUGAUGUCAGUACUGGUGGGUGCGGUGUGCUGGAGAUGGAGGACACACCAGCCUGAAGUUCAAGUAAGGGAGAGGUGGACAGAGUCAGCAGAGCUCAGUGUAACUGAUGAUGCAGAGCUGUUAGACCGUGAUUGGAGCAGAGCCGCCGUCCUUCAACUGCAAGAAGAAUCUAAUUCUUAGAUGAUCACACUAGUGAUGGAAAGUCCGAUUUAUUUCUGCGAGCCGGUUCUUUUGGACGGUUUGUUUCAAUGAACUGGUUCAAAAAACUGAUUCAUUGGUUCCUUUACGUCAUCAAGUAAAGGCGUUACUACGUAUUUUUUUCUAACAACUCCGUGUCAUGUUAUAUCAAUGAAACCUUCAAAUAAAGUGAUGUCUGAAUGUA